AUGCGAUCCCCCAGUCCGCCGCCAUGUGUGCCAAGGGAAAGAAGCCCAAAGAAGGUCAUGGCUAAGACCAUGCGAGAAUCCCUCAAGUGGUUUAACAUGAAGAAUGGGUAUGGCUUUAUCACCAGACAUGAUACCCAGAAAGAUACCUUUGUUCCCCAGACGGCUAUCACACAAAACAACUCCCUCAAAUACCAACGCUGUGUGGCAACAGAGAAACUGUGGUUUCAUGUGGUGCAGGGCGAGCGGGCCACCGAGGGCGCUAAUGUGACCGGGCCAGUGGGUUAG